GUCUCUCUCUUCCUGAUCUCACCACUUUGUGACUCGUCACCGUCUCGCAACCGCAACUCCGGCGAUGGCGUCGUACGGAUCGGCGGCGUACGGCGACGGCGACGGGGAGAAGCCCUCGGCGCAACUCGGCCAGCCCCUCCUCCCGCCGCCCAAUCAGCCCUACUACGCCUUCCCCGCGGCGGCAUACGCGCCUCCGCCGCCGCCGCCGCCGCCGCCGCCGCCGCCGACGCUGGUGUUCGUCCCGGUCACCUCCCCGGUCCUCGUCCGCCUCCGCCGCCUCCGCCCGCGCCGCGUCCCCUGCCUCCGCGCGUUCUCCGCCCGCACGCUCCCGCUCCUCCUCUUCCUCGCGCUCCUCGCCGGCCUCGCCUUCCUCCUCUACCCGUCCGCGCCCGUCGCCCGCGUCGAGGGGCUCCGCCUCGACCGCUUCCGCGUCAACCCGCCCCCGCUCCCGUCCGUCGAUCUCCACCUCGCGCUCCGCCUCCGCGUCCGCAACCCCGGCCUCGUCCUCCCGCUCCGAUACCGCGCCGUGUCCGCCGCCGUCUCCUACCGCGGCCACCUCCUCGGCUCCGCCGCCGCGCGCCCCGGAUCCGGCGAGCUCGGUGCCAGAGGGACGACGUACGCCGACGCCGAGGUGUGGGUGGACGCCGGGAGGGUCGUGGAUGACGUCAUCGACCUCAUCGGGGACCUCGCCGCGGGGUCCCUGCCGCUGGAGAUCGUGACCGAGGUGGUCGGCGCUGUCAGGGUCUUCCGUUUCGACAUCCCUGUGAAGGGGCUCAUAACAUGCUCAGUGAAUGUCAGCCCAGAUACUCAGAAAAUCAUAAGUCAGGAUUGCUAUUGAGUGACAAUGCAUUUGGGCCUCUGAUGUAAGAUGGGCGUGCAAUUCAUACCUAUGGUUUGCAGCUAUUAUCAAGUUGCACGGCCUGCUCUAUGAAACUGCUUGAGUAUGUGUAUGUAAAUAGUUUGUAGCAUGUUAUUCUAUAGACAUGAAUAAUAAUUAUACGAUCCCAUCGAAUUUGACCACUCUCUGUUUUAACCUAUUCCACCACUAAAGAAUUUUUAUAGCAUUUUAUAAAAUGCUAUAUCUGUAUUGGUAAAUACUACCUUACCGAAUAUGUAACAUAGCCAAUAUAGCAGCCAGUCAUGGUGUACGAUUUGACCUAAACAUGUAUGGUGUGAUUGUAACUCAGUAAUUUAAGAUUUGCAAAAUUUGAACUCAGUAAUUUAAGACAUUCAUAAUUUGAAUAUAAGUUUGACAACCA